AUGACUGUUCAUAAAAUCCAAUUUUUGUUAAUCACAUUAUUAUCAUUCUUAUCUAUUACAAUUAGUGGAGCAUCAUUAAACAGAUUAAGUGAAUAUGGAACAUAUAUGAACCCAAACCCAAGAAAAAAUUCAUUAUCAUCAAAAUGUGAACCAAAUGAUUUAGUUAAGUUAUCAUCAUGUUGUAAUGAUAUAUUAUCAAAAUUAGAUGAAUGUAAACCAAAUGAUUUAGCAUGUGAAUGUUGUGCAUUACAAAGUAUUAAUCAAGAAUGUUAUCAUUUAUGUCCUGGAAACCCAAAUACUAAUUUCCUAACUGUUUUAUUAAGUGAUUGUAAAGAAAUGAAUAAAAUAAAUGCUUGCUCAUUACCUUUUAAAAAAGAAGAUUCGCAACCUCCUAGAAAACAUACAAUUGUGGAAGAUAAUGAAUAUGGUGGUUCAAACGAUGAGGAUCCGAGAUUGAAUGAUGGUGUUAUUGAUGCUAGUUUACAAAGUAAGAUUUAUAAUGUUGAAAGUUUAACUGAGAGACCAUUUAAAAGUAAAAAAAUUAAGUUAUUGAUCGAUGGUGAUGAUCAAGAUGAAGAUGAAAUUGAAAAAGAUGUUGAAGAUGAUGAACAACAGGAUGUUAUUCAGAACAAAGACUUAAAGAUUAUUGAUCAUGAUAAGGAUCAAUUCAAAAGUUUAAACGGUGAAGUUUCAAAAUUAAAAUUUGUUAAUCUUACUACUUCCAAUAAUUCAAACUUAACUAAUUUGGUGGUUGCUGCUAAAAAAUCAGAUUCUGACAAUUUGAUCAACAAUUGGAAUCUUUUUGUUUUCUUUAUUUCUGCUUACUUUUUGCUUUCAAUUUAA